AUGGAAGAGAAAGGUGAGGCUCAUAUGUUUAGGGAUAGAAGAGGUAACAUCUCACCAACACCACAAAGGUACGGUACUGAGAAAUAUGCUAGAUAUGGUUUACGUAAGACUGAUGAACUUCUGCCCGAAGAAUCAAGACUCUCCAAUGAUGCCAUCAAUGAAUUGAUCGACAUGAAUAGACAAUUGAAGAAGACAUUAAGGGAUCGUGAGGAUGAGCUUGAUAGAUAUGGAAGAUUGACGGAAUCCUUACAGAGCAAACUAAUUAAAUACACAAAUUUGAACAAUAAGUUGGAAAGGGAAAAAAUUGAGUUGGAAUUGGAGAAUGAAAAACUAAUAGAUAUAAAUGAAAGACUAACUAAUGACCUAAGAACUACUAGUGUUGCCGGUGACUUGAAAUAUUCUCAAAAAACUAGAAAGGGUGAUGAUGAAAAUACUGAUGACAUUUUCAUACCCAAGAGAGGGCAUACAUUUAAGGACACUACUGAAUCAAACAAUACAGAUCUUAGAAAAGGGUCAGCAGAAGUAUUAAACAAAAAAUUGGACACUUUGAUAGAAUACUUGUCAGAAGACAAAUUCGGAGCUAAGACAGGGAAUAGUCGUCAGAAAGAGCGACAUGAUCAUUGGCGUUUAACUGACGACGACGACGAUGAUAUCAUUACCAGAGAAAGUUUAGAAAUAAAAAAUCUUGAGGAUCAAGUGGAAGAAUUAAGGAAGAAAACUCUUUUAAAACAAGAAAAUGAAUUAAGGAAAAUAUCUCUAAGCAAUGAGUUACUAGAACUGGCUACUAAACUUUCGUCCGAUACUACUCUGGGGGAUGAUGAAGUAAAUGGGCUGAAGAAACAUAAAAGACACAACCGUGACCAUAUUAGGUGUACGGGAUGCCACGAUGAUGAAAACGAAAAAACAUAG